UGAAGUGCACCAAUCGCCUUCUCGGAAACUACAGAACAAUCACGUCCUUCUCAAAAAAUCGCUAUCUGGUUGGCGAAAAUCUGUAUAAAUACCCUAAAGGGGGUCUCCGGAACGGCCAGUGAUCCAAAUAGCCUCAAUAAGGAAAAAUGAAGAUCUACACCUCCAUGUCCGGCUGAUGGCACAGCAAUAGUCUUUUUUGCUGACGACGACUGCUCGAAGUAUUGGGAAUGCGCCAAUGGGAUUGGCUAUCAGUUUACCUGCCCAUCCAAUCUGAAUUGGAACCCCGAGUCUCUCACCUGCGACUAUGCAAAUCGCGCUGGAUGCACAGGAUUUGGUUGGUCGACCACAACCACACGCCGCCCUUCUCCCACCACCAACACGCCCCCUAGAACGACAAAUACGCCCACCAGAACCACCCCCACUACAACAGCCCAAACUACCACCACUCCUACAACCACAGCUGCUCCCAUUACCACUCGCCGCACUACUCUCACUACCACGCCCAGCACUACUCCCUCUACCACUCCCACUCCCACUCCAACGACUGUAAAGCCCAAGCCAACUACUCGCGUGCCUGAACCAACCACAGAAGCUCCAGGGGACGAUUGCAGAUGGUGGUGGUGGUGGGCGCCGUGGAAGUGCAGGAGGGAAUGAACAACCUUAACAUGAUUUAAAUGUACCUACAAUAAUUGUUUAUAAUGGAAACUGUGCAAUGUAUGCAAUUGAAACCCAAAUAUACGGAUAAGUUGGUCAUUUAA